CCCUCGAGGGGUCACUGGGGUUAAAACUCCCACCAGAUGUUGGUGUUCACAUCUAUCGGCUCUAUUUGCAGUUGUAUUCAUUUGUCAUUUUAGUUUUCAAGCAUUUGUUUUAUUUAUAUUACACAUUAAUGGCUGCUUUCCGAGCGCUGCGGAAACUCUGUCGGGAUUCUCACCAUCAGUCGUGCAGUAUUCACGUGUCGGUUUCAAGACCGGAUGCAGUGGUGAUCUCGGGCCGGAAGCUGGCGCGUCAGAUCCGUAAUGAAGUCCGUUCGGAUGUGGACGCGUGGGUCACUGCUGGAAACCGACGGCCUUACCUGAGUGUUGUGUUAGUGGGUGACCAUCCAGCCAGUCACUCUUAUGUUCUCAACAAGACACGAGCCGCGGCUGAUGUCGGUAUUAGCAGCGAGACCAUCUUGAAACCUUCUAGUAUCAGUGAGGAGGAACUGAUCGAACUGAUCAACAAACUCAACUCAGACCACAGCGUAGAUGGUCUUCUGGUACAGCUGCCCCUUCCUGAUCACAUCAAUGAGCGUCGCGUGUGUAACGCCGUAUGUCCAAGAAAAGACGUUGAUGGUUUCCAUGUGGUCAAUGUUGGUCGCAUGUGUCUGGACCAGUAGACUGUGUUGCCCGCCACCCCGUGGGGGGUGUGGGAAAUCAUCAGACGUACAGGCAUUCCGACACUAGGCAAGAACGUGGUGGUGGCCGGUCGUUCUAAGAAUGUGGGAAUGCCCAUCGCAAUGCUGCUUCACACAGAUGGACAACAUGAAAGACCAGGAGGCGACGCUACUGUAACCAUCUCUCACCGUUACACACCCAAAGAACAGCUGCGGCAACACACAAAGAUCGCUGACAUCAUCGUCGCUGCUGCAGGUAUUCCUAACCUCAUCACUGCUGAUAUGAUCAAAGAGGGUGCAGCUGUCAUAGAUGUUGGUAUCACCAGAAUAUUCGACCCCUUGACGGGCAAAGAUAAACUUGUUGGUGAUGUGGACUUUGAGGGUGUAAAAAAGAAGGCUAGUUACAUUACUCCAGUUCCAGGCGGUGUUGGACCCAUGACUGUAGCCAUGCUGAUGAAAAAUACCAUCAAAGCAGCAAAAAACACCAUUUUAAUGCCCUCUCAGCAGAUUCGAAUGGCAGUGUUCUCCUGAUGUCCUCUUUAAACUCCACUCCAUUAACACUUUUACAAAAUGAACAGUUUGCCACGAUUCGACAACAUGAAUGUGCUUUCUCCAUUCAUGUGUCUCAGACUUUUAAAUAUAUUCAUCAUUACUUUGAUAACAUUUACCGUAUAUUUAGUUUUUGCUUUGCAAAGCAUUAGACAUGCAUUUUUACACGGCAUGCUUUUUCGUUUCGUUUUUUUGCUUUGUUUUGUUUGACACUACGUUCGGGUUUGGCGUUUUAUUUAUGUUACACGUGUUUUUGUCGUGCAGUCAGACAAACACGUUUGUCUUUGUGGCAUUGAUUGUUAAACAAGGGUAAAAUAUGAGGUAAGCCACAUGGCCAGUACAGGUGAAUAGCUUUGAGUCAUCACAGCAGAUAACUGCUUAAAUAACCUUUGUCAAGACUCUUUUUUUAAUGUAUUAUCUUUAUUUAUCAAUUAUGUUGUUCAAAAAGUUACUGUUACCACCCUCAGCCCAUAAAGACCCCUUAAUUAAAGGGGUUUGUGGCAAAAACAACACAUUACCUCGUGUUUUAUUUAUUGCCCCUUUAUCUGACCUUUGGGGUUGUGGGAGCGGUUAGAAACAUGCAGUGUUUUGAAAGAUAAGAGGAGUUGACUGGGUUGGUGCUAAAUAAUUGUGUGUGUUUGUAUUUAGAGCUACAUAAGCAAUAUUCAAUGAUUUGUUAUGUUGUAUGAAAAUCAUAAUUUUCCUUUGCACACUUGCUGCCUUGAAAACAAUAAAUUUAAAGUAAUAUAUUUAAUCUGA